CAGCUCUCAGUUCCUCUAGAAUCGAAGGCAGCUCCUCACUUCUUCCCCGUUCUGUCAAACCCUAGACAGUGAGCCAGAGAUGGCGAUCAAGCAUCUUCUAGCCCUAUCUCGUCGCUCCCACAGGGUGGCCACGUCCGCCUUCGCCAACACCGUCCGAUCGGCUUCGACUUCUCCGGCUAUUGCCACGCCAUCACCCCCACCCCCCUCCCCUCCUCCCCCAAGCGCCAUGGUCUACGACCGUCUCGCAGAAGCUGUUAAAUCCAAGAUCAAGGAGCUCGAGAAUCCGGACCCACGCUUCCUCAAGUACGGGUCGCCCCACCCGGUCGUUGCCGACCAUACCCGGAUCCUCUCCGCCCCGGAGACCCGCGUGACCACCCUCCCCAACGGCCUCCGUGUCGCCACUGAGUCCAACCUCGCAGCCCGCACCGCCACCGUCGGUGUCUGGAUCAACGCCGGGUCGAGGUUCGAGACCGACGAGACCAACGGUACCGCACAUUUCCUGGAGCACAUGAUAUUCAAGGGCACGGAGAAGAGGACGGCCAGGGCAUUGGAGGAGGAGAUCGAGAACACGGGGGGACAUCUUAACGCGUACACGUCGAGGGAGCAGACCACCUACUACGCCAGGGUCAUGGAGAAAGACGUGCCCAAGGCGCUCGACAUCCUGGCCGAUAUAUUGCAGAACUCCAAGUUCGACGAGAACCGCAUUAGCCGCGAGCGCGACGUGAUUCUCCGGGAAAUGGAGGAGGUUGAGGGGCAAACUGAGGAAGUCAUUUUUGACCAUUUGCAUGCAACGGCUUUUCAGUACACUCCUUUGGGUCGAACUAUUCUUGGACCUGCUCAGAAUAUUAGGACAAUUACAAAAGAUCAUCUCCAGAACUAUAUACAAACGCACUACACGGCACCCAGAAUGGUCAUUGCUGCUUCUGGAGCUGUGAAGCAUGAGGACAUUGUUGAGCAAGUAAAAAAAUUGUUCACAAAGUUAUCGUCAGACCCAACCACAGCUACUCAGUUAGUUGCAAAAGAGCCAGCAGCUUUUACUGGUUCUGAGGUUAGAAUAAUUGAUGAUGAUGUCCCCGUGGCACAAUUUGUGGUUGCUUUUAAUGGAGCAUCUUGGACAGAUCCCGAUUCUGUUGCUCUGAUGGUAAUGCAGGCUAUGCUGGGUUCAUGGAAUAAAAGUGCUAGUGGUGGAAAGCACAUGGGUUCUGACUUGGCACAGAGGAUUGCCAUAAAUGAAAUCGCAGAAAGCAUGAUGUCUUUUAACACCAACUAUAAAGACACUGGGCUAUUUGGUGUUUAUGCUGUUGCUAAGCCGGAUUGUUUAGAUGAUUUAGCAUAUGCAAUAAUGUAUGAGACCACCAAGUUGUGUUGUCGAGUUCUGGAACAAGAUGUUAUUCGUGCGCGUAAUCAGUUGAAAUCUUCUCUGCUGCUUCACAUCGAUGGAACGAGUUCUGUAGCUGAAGAUAUUGGGCGCCAGCUACUUACAUAUGGCCGAAGAAUCCCAUUUGCCGAGUUGUUUGCCAGAAUUGAUGCUGUUGAUGCAAGCACAGUAAAACGUGUUGCAAACCGAUUUAUUUGGGACCAGGAUAUUGCAAUUGCCGCGAUGGGGCCCAUCCAGGGUUUACCUGACUACAACUGGUUCAGACGCAGGACCUACUGGAACCGCUACUAGUUCGCAUCUGACUUAUUCCUUUUUGUUGAUCCUUACCUUUUUGUUAGGUGUUCUGGUCUCAGAUGAUUUCUUGCAUUUUACACAACCAAUGCGCCCUGAGAGAUGUCAGGGCCUGGCAUCUUAAUCUAUAUGUUUUACUGUUUUAGGUCUUGUUUUUGUUUUUGUAACAUUCAUAUGUAGAAGUAAGCAUGCUGCCAUCAUAGUUGUGAUUGUGAAAUUUUCGGUCAGCUCUCCCAUCCUGCCAUUAUUCCUCAUCGUUGGAACCUAUCACAGUAAUCGUUUUGUUCUCAACGAUUUACCUUC